UUAAACAACAGUAUUUGGAGCUCAGUGCACUCAGUGGCUACUUAGACAGUGUUCAGUCAACAUCGUUCACUUGACUUGGCAACUACUGUGUUACGACGAGGUUCGGGGUUUUGACACCUGCUUCUGGGAUAGAGCUCGGGCAGGUUCAUAGUAUGUCCGACAUCCCAACAUACAAGGACUUGCUCGAUCAGCUUAAAAGAAUGGAGUUGGAAAUGAUUGAAGAAGAGGUUCUCAAAGAGAACGAACAAUUGCAACCUGCAGCAGCUGUCAAUGAUAAAAAGCAAGAUACUGAUGGAGGGGAAGCCUGCGCAAUGGAGACUAGUAGUGACGAAGAAAGAGAUCCGCUUGGCAUUUUCGAGCCACCUGGGGUGAAAAUCACUGAAUCCGAAGAGGAAGAGAUCGAAUACUACAUGAGUCGUCUCACCACUAGCGACGUCGAAGAUGAUUCGCCUCGCUAUGAAGUCAGGCGCUACACCAGCGCCAGAGGAUCUGGAGAUUUCACUUUCAAAGUGUUCAUCGAUAAGCAUCGCGAAUUCGAUCGUCCCUACGAUCCCAACAGGCAGAUCCUGCCUCCCAAUGUUACAAUCAUUGGCAACAAGAUGUACCGCAGGGAAAGAGGCUGCUGCAACUGGUUCUUUUCCUGCUUCAAGUGUUUGCCAUGCGUGAAGGACAGGGACAGGGACAAUGCUAGCGAAUGUCGCAAUCCCGAACACGUGUGAUUGCCAAACUAAAAAACUUCACGAUCAGUUUCAAAAUUAGUAUUAGAAUUUGAUAGUUAUUAAUUUUUAUUUUUAGUUUUAUUAGUAUUCAGCUGACUCAUGACUACUAGAAAGUUUGAAGAAACCAUUCAACUGUCUUUGUUCAAUCAAUCAAUUAUCAAAAACUAUUAGAUUCUACAUUUCAUUAGCUUUAAUUUAUAGAAAUUUUCAGUUUUAGUAGUUUUCAGCUGGAUCAUGACUACUAGAGAAUUUGGAGACAAAAUUCAACUGUCUUUGUUCAGUUAUCAAAAACUAUCACAUAUAUGUAUCCAUUUUGAAUAUACAUAUUAUUCUAUACAGUAUUUCUAUAAUGUAGACUCGUUAUCAUGAAGCAAUAGAAUUGGAUAAUCAUUACUUUUGAAGAUCUCUUUCAUGUUUCCCAUUGUCUUCCAAUGUAACUAUACUUCCAAUUAAAAUAAAAACUAUUCUACUGCCUCAAGGGCUUCAACAUAUUUAAAUAGACGAAAAGAUUUUCUAUUCAAAAUUUCAAUAUUCACUUAUAUUGAUACUUUAUUAUUAUUAACUAGUUGAGAAUAUAUCCUGAAUGAAAUAAAAUAUAUUGUAGUUUGAAAAGACUAUAUUAAUAGUUCUGCAGCCUACAUUCCAUAUAAUUAAUGAAUUACAAUUUAAUAUUCUGUUAGUGAUUCUUAAAUAGUUUUAAGAGAUUCUAAUAUUUUAUGUAGGUAGUCUUAAAAAUAUAUCUUAGUUUUUUUUUAAUUUAGAGCUUUGGAUAUUUAAUAUGAUACACAAAAAGAUCUCAAGCUGUCACUCUCAAGAAUGCAAAAUGCUGUUAUGCUUGGAAUGCAAAAGAUUUAGUAAUCUGAAACAAUUAUAAUCUUACUUACACACACUGUUAUACAGUUUACAUGUACAAUAUCAGUAUGCAGAAUUUCACUUCCAUACUGGAUUAAUCAUAUCUUCAUUGAUAUUACAAUAUUAACUUUUUGAUUUCAAGAAUAAUAUCAAUCACUAAUUCUUCAACCAUAGAAACAAUGAAUAGAGAACAAGUUUUCCAAUUGUUCACAGUCGUAUGAAUCAGAAACGAAACUUCGUAAACCAAUAGAAUUCUCGUUAAAAUAUGGCCUAUAAAGUCCUAAUGUAGCUCGAUCAGCAAUACAGUUUUUAUUAUGAAUACUCAUGACAAUAUUUCUCUUAUCUCCACAGAGAGACACCAUUAAUGAAAAAACCCGUUUUUCAACGUAUAACAACGCUUGUUAUAUUGCAUGAUUUUUUAAAUACUCCGUAAGAGUUUUUCCGUAUGAAGUGAAAUUUAUC